GUGGGGGGGGGCGGAGGCAAAGCACGGCCAGGGCUCAGACAGGACAUGGACUCGGUGCCUGGUCGCUGAGCCCUGCAGCUGGAAUACUUUUGGGGACCCUGGAAUACCUACGUUCAGCCAUCACAAGAGCAUGACGCAAACAUGAGCGGCGCCCAGACGGAAGCAGCAGCAGCAGCAGCAGCAGAGGAGAGGCCCGCCAGCGACGAGCUGGAGUGCAAGAUCUGCUACCAGCGCUACAAUGCCCACAACCGCAAGCCCAAGAUCCUGGACUGCCUGCACAGGGUGUGCGCCCGCUGCCUCAACAAGAUCCUGGACAUGGGCGACGGCUCGCAGUUCAUCAGCUGCCCGUUCUGCCGCCACGAGACGGAGGUCACCGAGUACGAGGUGGCGGGGCUGCCCGACGACUCCAACAUCAUGUCCAAGCUGGCCACGCGGGACAAGUCCUGGAGCUCGGACAGCAAGGAGGUGGUCCUGACCCCAAAGAACCUCUCGUCCUCCAGCCCGUCCCACGACUCCUCCAACUGCCUGGUCAUCACCAUCAUGGAGGUGCAGAGGGACCUGCAGCGCUCGCCCAGCCGAAACGGCAGCUCGGACUACUACGCGGAGCAGAGCCUGGACUCCGUGUCCGUCACCUCCAACGGCCCCGCGGACCAGGACGUCUUCUCCAAAUUCUGCAACCACGUGCCCAGGAUACUGGUCUGGCUGCUGGGCUUCUUCUACUUCGGCUCCCUGCCGCUGGGGAUCUACCUGCUGGUGAUCCAGCGGGUGACGCUGGGCAUCGUGUGCGUGAGCCUGGUGCCCUCCAGCCUGACUGUGUGCCUGGUGUACGGGUUCUGCCAGUGCCUGUGCCAGGGCAUGUGCGACUGCUCCUCCCGGAGCUGAAUGCGUGCGCCGGGGCACUGCCCGCUCCCCACGGCCUGGCGCCUGAGGCAGAGACGCACAGUACCUCCAACGCCAGCCGCCCACUUUCAAUGAUGCUUUAAAAAAAGUUUUAAAAAAGAAAGACAAAAAAAGGUGGAGAUUCCUCUCCGCAACACCUCUCCCAUGAGUUGUCAUAAAUGUCAGUUGUCCCACAUCAGAACCAGGUGUAGAUCGGGAUUUUUUUUUUUAAACACAGAGCACUCCUUAAGAGUAAUGUAACCUGGUAAGAUGCACUAUAGCACUUGCACUUAUUAGUAUUACAUUGUGGACGAGUACUGUGGUUUUGCUGUCAACCCUGGGAUGAUGUGACGUGUUACUUAUGCCCUGAAGUAGUCAACUUGUCUUUGUUUCUUUGAAUUUCACGAAUCUGAUCCAGAAUGCUUCAGUCUAAGCUUUGAGACCUGUAAAGUGGUCUUCAAAGGGACCUCUGCCUUAAAAAAGGAAAGGGGAACUACAGUACCAACUGCAGACAACCACAGAAAUCAAAUGGGAGGUUUUUAAAAAUUGAUUUUGUAUUUAUUUAUAAAAUACAUUAAAUUGAAAGCGCAAAAUUACAGAUCCAAAUGGUCUCAUAAUGAAGUUUAUUUGUGUGUUGCUGUUCUAAAUAGUGACUUGUCUGCUGUUAAAAAAAUCUAUGGAAAAUUCAUAGCUAUCAUUCAUGUGCCAACAUUGACAUUUUAGGUUCUUCUAAAUGUUUGAUGUUAAAACUGUGAACACUAGAAUGUUUGACUGUUCUUAAAUCAUUUUUAACAUUUUCAUCUUAAAUAAUAUGCAAUGAUUUGAAAAUGUAUGGACUUUAAAAUAUUUUUUCGCUUCUCUUGGUAAUAGAAUUAUACACAGGAAACCAGAACGUGAUUAAACAAAUUAAAUUUCCAUGGACCAAAACAAAA